AUGGACGCCUCCCCCACAAAAUCCCCACAGGGAUCAACCACAUUCUCCGACCCCAGCACGGAUCCCAGUAUGCUGCCAGCACCGGUCGAUUCGGCCUCAACUUCUGCCCAAUACCAGGAUCAUCCCGAUGCACCCCUGCCGUUCCCCGCGGACCAGUCAGGAUCACGUUCGGCGACGGAGCCGAGAUUACAUUCGCAGACGCAGAGCAGACCCCACACGCGCGGGUCUGAAAAUCAACAUGAGGAUAACUGCGAAAGCAGCAGUGAUGCUGAAUCCCAGCCAGCACUGACGCAGUCUGAACCGCGUCCUAUCGAGGACUAUGAGGAUUCCGUCGCUGCGGCUUCCCGACCUCGCCAUGCAUGGCAGGUUUGGUGGUUGCGGAAUAAGGGGAUGGUGCUUGUGUUGAUGGCGCAGAUGUUUGCUGCUUCGAUGAAUGUUAUGACACAGAUUCUGGAGAUUCAUAGUGCUAUGCAUCCUUUCCAGAUCCUCUUCGCCCGCAUGUCCAUAACAGCUAUCGCCAGCUACCUCUACAUGUGGUGGGCCGCAACGCCCUCCCCGCUGGGCAUAAAACCCGUCCGAGGCCUUCUCCUCCUCCGUGCCGUCUUCGGCUUCAUGGGCGUCUACGGCCUCUACUACUCCGUCCAAUAUCUCCCCCUCUCCGAAGCAACAGUCAUCACCUUCCUCGCCCCCAUAAUGACCUGCUACGCCUGCUCCCUCCUCAUCCCGGGCGAAACCUUCUCCCGCAAACAACAGCUCGCAGCGGUCGUCUCCCUCGCUGGUGUCAUCCUCAUUGCCCGUCCCUUCAGCAAGCGCACAUCCCGCACAGCACUAGCAUCGCCGACGCCCGCUGCCGUCUGGGCAUUGGGUCUGUCUGCUUCGGCGGGCGCGGAUGAACCACCUUCUGACGCGAACUCUUACCACCACGUUAUGGCGACGAUCGUCGCGUUUGUUGGCGUGCUUGGUGCCGCAGGCGCUUAUACCUCUAUUCGUAUGAUCGGUCGUCGGGCUCAUCCGCUUGUCUCGGUUACGUAUUUCUCGUCCGUUACUACGGUCAUCUCGUUCUUAGCUAUGGCGAUUGUGCCCUCUGUGCCGUUUCGGUUGCCGAACACGCCGAUCGAGUGGUUGCUGCUGACUGGGUUGGGUGUUUGUGGGUUCCUGUUGCAGUUUCUGUUGACGGCGGGGUUGUCUUAUGUCCCGCCUGCGUCGGUGUCCAAUGGCAAAGCGUCUCAGGGGUCACGGGCUACUUCGAUGGUUUAUACGCAGAUGCUGUUUGCUGUCUUUUAUGACAAGGUGGUGUGGGGGAGUACACUUAGCCCGAUUAGUUGGGUUGGGUCUGGAGUCAUUUUGGCCUGUGCGAUUUAUGUGGCCGUUGCGCAGGAGAGUCCUACCCCGCGUCGUGAGAGUGUGGUUGAGGAGUAUCGGGAUAUUGAGGGGUACAAGGACGCCACUGACGAGGAAAGAGCGGAGGUGGCUGCAGAACCGGAAGGCGGGCAUUGA